GUUUUCUCCUUUUUUCAACUUCAAUGGCUUCGUCACCCAUUUUCCGAAACCGACCCGUGACCCGGUAUCAAUUUUGCUCCUGUGGGUUCGUAAUUUUAUGAGCCUUUUCAUCUCCGCUUCAUAUAUAGUGUUCCAAAGUCUUCAAUCCAAUCUGGGUUUGUUGUAGUUUUGGUUAAAAGUUCAUCCUUUACUAAUUAUACCGAAAUUGGAAUUCAAUCUUGGCGGAAAAAUGUUGGCUCAGCAACAAAACCCACAUGCGCUCUUGUGCUCUCUGCAACAGCAACAAAUUGAUUCGAAGGAAAUAAACAGUGAAGGUGAAGCAGAUGUUAAAACAUUCUCAAUAAGACAGUAUGCUCUUGCUUCCCGUCAGAGAAAUCUCCUUCAAAGCUGGCCAUUUCCAGAGAAAUACCUGCAAAUGUGUCUUGAUCGAGGUCUGAGAAAUGUGUUGCCACCUUUCGUGCAGCGUAGUGAUGACUUGGUUUCUGAGUCAUCACAUAAUGACUUGCCAAACUUGAAUAUUGCUCCUUGUGAUCAAGAUUAUGAUGCUAAGAAUGUUAGAGUUUUCAAACCUGAAUCAUCACCAGAACAUCAUUAUGAUCCCCUUGAACUGAAGAAGCAGAAUAUUACGAACCACAGUGAUUCUGGUCUGUUCUCCAAUAAGGAAGAAAGAUCAAAAGCGAUGAUGAGCAGCCUGCAGGAAGUGGGUGUGAUUUCAGUUUCACCCCGAGUUUGUGUCGAAAAGAGCAGCCAAAUGCUGAAUUUUUCAUCAAAGUCAGCCAAGUUGGACAGAAGAAGAAGAAGAAAAGGAAGAUGCAAGAAAAGGUCAAUGGCGGAUAUUCUAGCAGUGGCAAAGCAUUGUACUUUAGAGGAAAUUUAUAGGGUAAACCUGUUCUCUUACACUGCAACUGAGAAUAUUAUUGAAGGAUAUUGCCAUGAAACAGCACCUCUUGAGAUUGAUUCUAAAAGUACUAGAGGUGAUCAUGAGCUAGUUGAUGUUGAUGUUAAUGUCACUUGUCUAAGAUAAAUUGAUUUCUUCCAACAAAUGUACUAAGCUAGGUGCAAUAUUAAUUAGUGCAGUACCAUUUCUUCUGUGUCUUUGCAUUACAAAUCAAUAUAUUGAGCCUU